GAAGGGAAGGGAUCUUCGGUAAGAAAACGCUGCUUUAAUAGAGAAAAUAUAUCUGUGCCUUCCCUCCCGAGAGUUUAAACCGCUUUUGUGGUUCAAAAAAAGGCAUGAGCAUGUAAUUUUGGUUGAACAUCUCGCCAAAGGAUGAAGAAAAGAAAGUCCUCCGUUUUUGUGGAAAUCAGUGAAUGAACUGACAUCCAUAAUAAGAGAGAAAAUUGUUUUUGAGGCUUUUAUUUAAAAAAAAUAAAUAAAAAAUUGUCAGAAAGCUGUUGUGGUUUUGCAAAGUCAAAGAAAGCCUACCAAACCUAGGCAGGCAGGCAGAAGGAGGGUGAAGUGGAAGAAGACUGGACAGUGGUGUGAUCUGGUCCAUCAGAAGAAGGAGUGAUCUGCCGGGUGCAUUUUGAGAAGCGUCGCAGGUUCUGCCUCUUGGCCCAAGAGGACAGGAGCGGGCACCACCCCGGCCCAUCGCCGCCUCCGCCAUGGAGGAGUGGAGACAGUGUGGACGAUGGCUCAUAGACUGCAAGGUGCUUCCUCCCAACCACCGGGUCGUGUGGCCGUCCGCAGCCGUGUUCGACCUGGCCCAGGCUCUCCGGGAUGGAGUGCUCCUCUGUCAGAUGCUGCACAACCUCUCACCGGGGUCUGUGGACCUCAAGGAGAUCAACUUCAGACCACAGAUGUCACAGUUUCUGUGUUUGAAAAACAUCCGGACGUUCCUCAAGGUCUGCCAUGACAAGUUUGGAAUGCGCAACAGCGAGCUUUUCGACCCCUUCGACCUGUUCGAUGUCCGGGACUUUGGGAAGGUUAUUUCUGCCCUGUCCAGGAUCUCUCAUCACAGCAUUGCACAGACAAAAGGGAUCAGGCCCUUCCCAUCGGAGGACACUGCAGUGAAUGAGGAUGAUGUUUACCGGAGCCUGGAGGAGUUGGCCGACGAGCACGAUCUCGGGGAGGAUGACAUCUACGACUGUGUGCCGUGCGAAGACGAUGGCGAUGACAUCUACGAGGACAUCAUCAAGGUGGAAGUCCGGCAGCCCAUGAUCAGGUACAUGCAGAAAAUGGGCAUGACAGAAGAAGACAAACGGAACUGCUGUUUAGUAGAAAUCCAUGAGACGGAGGCAAAGUACUACAAGACACUGGAAGACAUUGAGAAGAACUAUAUGAUUCCUCUGAACCAAGUUUUAACUCCUCAAGAAAUGGAAGCCAUUUUUGUCAAUCUGGAGGAUAUCAUCAAAGUUCAUUUCUCUUUACUGAGAGCCAUCGAUAUGAACAUGGUGACGGGUGGCAGUGGUCUGGGCAAGAUCUUCUUGGACUUCAAGGAGAGGUUGCUGAUCUACGGCCAGUAUUGCAGCCACAUGGAGAAUGCCCAGAAGAAGCUGGAUGAGCUCAUUGCCACACGAGAAGAUGUCAGGAUGAAGGUGGAGGAGUGCACUAUGAAGGUUCAGGAAGGGAAAUUCAAGCUGCAAGAUCUUCUGGUGGUGCCCAUGCAGAGGGUCCUGAAGUACCACCUCCUGCUGAAGGAGCUGGUGAGUCACUCCACAGACCGACCCGAGCGACAGCAGCUGAAAGAGGCGCUCGAGGCCAUGCAGGACCUGGCCAUGUACAUAAAUGAGGUGAAGAGGGACAACGAGACCCUGAAAAAAAUUAGCGAAUUUCAGAAAUCCAUCGAAAACUUGCAGGUGAAACUGGAAGAGUACGGCAGGCCAAAGAUUGACGGAGAGCUCAAGGUGUCCUCUAUAGUGAACCGGACAAAGCAGGACAGGUACAUCUUCCUGUUCGACAAAGUGGUCAUUGUCUGUAAGCGGAAAGGCUACAACUACGAGCUAAAGGAAAUCAUUGAGCUGCAGUCCUACAAAAUGUCAGAUGACCCCACCAACAACAGGGACAUGAAGAAGUCGAGUGGAAAAAUGUGGUCCUAUGGCUUCUACUUGAUCCACCUCCAGGGGAAGCAGGGCUUCCAGUUCUUCUGUAAGACGGAGGAAACCAAGAGGAAGUGGAUGGAGCAGUUUGAAAUGGCCAUGUCCAAUAUAAAGCCAGAGAGAGCCACGGCCAACCAGCACAACUUCCAGAUGCACACGUUUGAGAAAAACACCAACUGCAGAGCCUGCAAAAUGCUCCUAAGGGGGAUCUUCUACCAGGGCUACUACUGCUCCAGGUGUGGAACUGGUGCCCACAAAGAGUGUCUGGAGGUCAUCACCAUCUGCAGAAUAAAUCCUCACGACUCGGAACCGGGACCAUUAGCAUCAGGUCCCAAGAUGGUGGCCAUUCGGAAUUACCACGGUACGCCCGCUCCCCCAGGGAAGUCGGCGUUGUCUUUCCAGGUGGGAGACAUCAUUGAACUGUUAAAGGGAGACCCUGACACCUCAUGGUGGGAGGGAAGACUGAUUCAGAAUCAGAAGAGUGGCUAUUUCCCCAGCUCCUGCGUUAAACCCUGCAUAGACCCAAAGCCAUUCCAGCCAGUUCCCAGCCGGCAGUCUUCCAGGGACGCAGACUACUACAGUUACCCAUGGUUUGCUGGAAAUAUGGAGCGGCAGCAAGCCGACAACCUGCUGAAAUCCCACAGCAGCGGCACGUACCUGAUUCGCGAGAGGACGGCUGAGGCGGAGAGGUUCGCCAUCAGCAUCAAGUUCAACGACGAGGUGAAGCAUAUUAAAGUUGUGGAGAAAGACAGCUGGAUCCACAUCACUGAAGCCAAGAAGUUCGAAAGUCUCCUGGAACUGGUCGAGUACUACCAGACACACUCCCUGAAAGAGAGCUUCAAGCUGCUGGACACGACACUGCGCUACCCCUACAAGUCCCGAGACCGCUCCACCUCUCGAACCAGCACGCGCUCCCCAGCUCCCACCGCUUCCUACAACUUCUCUUUCCUCAGUCCUCAGGGCCUCAACUUCUCCUCCUCUCAGAACGCGGCCCCCUUCUGGUCAGUGUUCACGCCCAGAGUGGUCAGCACGGCGGUGGCCCGGUACAACUUUGCGGCGCGCGACAUGAGGGAGCUUUCCCUGCGGGAGGGAGACAUUGUCAAGAUCUACAGCAAGAUUGGAGGCGACCAGGGCUGGUGGAAGGGAGAGGCCAAUGGGCGGGUGAGCGACCGUCAAAGUCGGCGCCCUUCAUUCCGUGAACAGGACACUGUGCCUCUGUCACUUUUUCACAGGAGUUUAUCAAAGUUUGACGUUCUCGCCCCAAACUGACUGAUCACAGUUAACGCUUCAGCUUAUACUCUGCGCUUCGUCAUUCGUGCAUUAUUCCGCAAAUUAAUGAAGCAGCUACAGGAACUUUAGCAAAUAGGUAAAAUGCAACAAAGUACAGCUGAAAAAUUAAUAUCGAUUGAUUUACAAUAGAGGCCAGCUAAUCCUGACAAAAAAAUUGAAAAGACACCAGUCAGAGAAGCUAAAUUUCCUAAUAUGUUGCUCAGUUACCACAAUUUUUAAUACUUCAGUUAGACCUAAAGGGAAGUGUAGACUGUUGUAUCAGAGGAGACAUUGCAAAUUUUCCUUUUGUCUACAGUCCAUCUUGAUGAUUAUCCAUAAAUAAGAUGCAGAGACGCAUGACUUUUCAUACCAAAAUCAUUGCAAUUUUUCAGUUAACCUGAAAUGACUACCGCAAGUGUCUGGUUCCUAAAACAACCUAACAGCAUUUA